ACCGCCUUGACGCAAGACGUUUGAGAACGACUGAAGCUGUGGACAAGUGAGCUUUGAACUUUCCCAAAUCAUCACACUCAAAACAUCACUUGAGAAAUAUAGAUAGAUGGGAAGGAUCAGCAGUCAUGAUGAACAGCAAAUGAGCGAGCUGCACGAAUUGCGCUUGCGAUUCGACCCCACCUACUAUACGACUCGCCUCGUCUAAUCAGUCGCUCCUUCCGAGCACAAAUAGAACAUUCUUCCUCCACAUUUGACCUCUCUACCUAUAUCUCACCUUCUCGACAAGCGAUAUGACUGACAAGCCAGACUUGCGAAUCGCCAUCAUCGGUGCUGGCAUCACUGGUCUUGCAACAGCCAUCGCUCUCCGGAAGCUGUCAAACGUAGACGUACAAAUCUACGAGAGAGCUACCGAGCUUCGCGAACUCGGACAAGCUAUAGCUCUAAAUCCCAAUGGCUUACGCACACUUGAGAAACUUGGUUUGGACAACAUUUUGUCCGAUGAGCUUGGCUACAGAUGUCCGAGUGGUAUUCCGCAGACACUCAGACACUGGCAAACAAACGAAGUAGUGGGACAAGAGAAGCACACUGCUCAUGUCGAGGAGAAGCAUAAGAUGACUAGAUUCUUUCGGCCUUACCUACAAGAAGCACUACUCGAGUAUCUGCCACGAGACAUCAUCCACCUGAACAAGCGAGUUGUAGAUGUCCAGAUCAAGGGCGAUAAAGGGGUGGAUGUCGAGUUCGCAGAUGCUACGACCAUACACGCAGAUCUCCUCGUGGGUGCAGAUGGCAUUCAUUCAUCUGUACGUGGGUUUUUCGUUCCAGACUUUGAGCUCAAAUGGUCAGGGUUGAUUGCCUAUCGCUCUGCUUUCGAUGUCAAACUACUAGACAACGUCAAAGAUCUACCCGAAGAUACGACUCAAUGGUGGUCAUCAAACAACGGCAUCCUGACAACAAGAAUGGGAAGAGGAAAAUACGGCAUCGUAGUCUUUCGCUCCGUCAACCCAUCCACAUCCUCCCAUCUCCUGGACAGAAAUCACUGGGAUGACACAACCGAUACCGCAAUCCUCGGAGAGAUGUUCGCAGAAUACCACCCGGUUGUCAAGGACAUAGUAGCAGUAGCACCACACAUUCGCACCUACCCAAACUUCUACGGCGGCUUCUUAGACACCUAUCACUUCGCUGGCAGAGUGGUAUUGGUAGGCGACGCAGCACAUUCACACGGAGGCGCGUUGGCUGCAAAUGCCUCUCUGGGGAUGGACGACGCGUAUUGCCUCUACCUAUCCUUCUUGGAGCAGAUAUCCCCAGCAGGCACACUGGAACUAGACUCCGAGAAAUUGAAGCAGGUGUUGAGCCUAUAUGAGGCCGUACGACGACCGCAUUGCGAGAGAGUGCUCAAGGUAGCGCAUGCGAUGUACGACGGCAACAAUCAAAGGUUAUGGGGCGGAGGCGAGGCAGAAACAGAUGAACAACUCAGAGAGAAGUUGAGGACAAGGCCUUAUGCCGAGUGGAUACAUGAGUAUGAUGUGGAGGCUGCGUUCAAGAAGACCCGGGAUGAUGUGCAAGUGGGGAAAUUGUAGGAACCCCGCCUUCCACCUUGACAUGUACUCCAAUGCCCGUCUACGGCCUAAAUUCCAACAGGAAAAUCAAGCAAUUCACCUUGAUAGGUUGUAUAGUAACAUUGCUUUUGUCGUUAGAGAAACAUGCAUUUAGCCGAGCCCGGUGGGUAAAGGGACAAACCUGAACCUGAUCCGUCUUAUACGGUGCCU